AUGGAAGCAGAGAAGGAUACUCGACCAAUAGAAUCGCCGUAUGGGAGCGAGAUCUGUGCUGUUUAUUUCCAUGAAGGCCCCUUGUACAUCAACCGAGAACUUCUCCGUCAAAGCAAUGCACUUUUCUCAGCAGUAACAGAAGCAAAACCAUUUCCCUUUAAUUCUAAACAUGUUAAUUUGAAAGACAUUACACUUGAAACAGGCCAUGUUAUCAUUCACUAUCUCGUUACCAACACCUAUCAAUGCCUUAAAUCCCGGGCGGAAGCCUUGGAAACGAGGAACGUGGAGGAGUUCUGCACAGCCACAAAUGUCUACACAGCAGCCGUGAGCCUUUCCCUGAAUCAACUUCGCGAACUUGCGAGAGAGGAGCUGGUACGACUGGGCGAUAAGAUGGAACUUUCCACCCUCAUCAAAGUCAUGGAUUUAUCAAUCUCGUCAUUCGAAGGCCUCCCUGGUAUAACAUCAUACAUCGAAUCAAGACUCAUCUCAUUCUAUAAAGAGAGCCCUAGUGGCACAGCUAGCCGACUAUUGACAGAUAUUGGUAUCCCUAAUACCCUGAGCAAAGUCUUGCUCAGAAGCAUCGUCCUCAUGAAGGCCUCUGAACGUUCUCAGGCAGCAGAGCCAACCGUUCAGCAUGCGGCGGGUGGUCGCUCGUAUGAUUGCAAUGGAUUUCAUUCUACCAGAAAAACAACAGACAAUACGCAAGACUCCUCUAACACGGCACAGACCUCGAGAGACAGAUCUUUCGGUCGGCCUUUCGUUCAAUCUGGCGACGAGACCGACCAGUCUUCUGAUGCGGCCUACCCACUCACACCUAGCUCUAGUCAAGCGUCGUCAAGGUGGUAG